AUGCCUCUAGAGCAUAAGAUACCUAUGAUACCUGGACCCAAAAAUGCUUACAAUUUCACACGAUGUAAGGUAGGAAAAAGUCUAUGGGAGACGGAUGAACCAAAGACUGAGUUUGAUUUGAGUGACCCUUAUUGCCACGAGAGCGGAUUCCCCUAUGAACCCCUGCACGAUAAGCAUCUACACGAUUUUUUCUCUAGACCGGCUAAUAUGAAGUGUCUAUUAAAAGCUGAUCUUAUCACAGUCGAUAUGAACGUGAAAUGUUCACUGCGCGAUUAUAAUAUUUAUAGAAAAUAUUUGAAUAAAGUAUACACUGAUCAUGUUAGAAAAGAGUUGAGAAGAAAAAAUCAUUUAUUUGUCGAAAGCAGAGCCCUUCAUUUCGCCGAGGAUCAAGCGCGCAAGGAAGCAGAAAAAUUAAAAGAAAGAGAAAAAUUAGUCAAAAGUAGGCAGCAACGUGUACAACAGCGACUAUUACAAAAGGAAUUAAAAAUCCGGCAACAAAAAGAGAGAAUGCGUAAAACAAUGCAAAGAUUGCAGGUGUUAAAGUUCAUUAGGAAAGAAGAACAAAGACUAUUAAACAUUAAGCGUAAAAAGCGGUCCGAGCAGAUUCAGCAAAAAUGUAAAAUCGCGACGGAGAUUGCUCGACACAAAGUGAUUGAUAUUUUGGCAAAUUGGAAAAAGAAAGACAUAAGACGAAAAAAAGCUAAAAAGAUGCGACUAAUGGACAUUAAACAACAAAAGCAGAACAUUAUAGAAGAAAAAUGGAAAAAGAAACAAUACUUGCAAGAAAAGGAUAUUGCGAAAGAGAAAGCACUAUUACAAUGUAUAGAUAUUCGCCGACAAAAAUUUAUACAGAAUUAUAAUGACAAAAUCAAUAAAGAAAGAGCAAGAAUGCAAACGAUAAAUUUAGCUGCUAAGAAUGAAUUUACAUCAUAA